AGGGGGGAGAGAGGGUGGGGGGCGCCGGGAUGGCGGAGCAGAGGCGGCGGCUGGUGCGGCUGGCCGUGCUGGAGGAGCUCCGGGUCUCGUAUGGGAUCAAAGUGAAGAGCGGGAGCUGCCUGGCGGCGGCCAAGGAGCCGGGAGCGGCGGCGACGGCGGCGGAGGGUAAAGUCUUUGGGAUAUCUUUUUAUGCGCUGCCACGAUCACUUGUGCCAGAAUAUGGUUAUAUUCCAAGCUUUCUAGUUGAUACUUGUGAAUAUUUGGAAGAACAUGUUCAUACUGAGGGACUCUUCAGAAAGUCUGGAUCUCUUGUUCGUUUAAAGGCUUUAAAGAGUAAACUGGAUCAGGGUGAGAACUGCCUCUCAGCUGCACUGCCAUGUGAUGUUGCAGGGCUUCUCAAACAGUUCUUUAGGGAGCUGCCAGAACCCAUCCUUCCACCUCACCUGCAGGAAGGCCUUGUCAAAGCUCAGCAGCUCGGAAAUGAGAAGAAAACUGCAACUGUGCUGCUGUCGUGUUUGAUGGCCGACAGAAUAAUUGAAACUUUGAGAUACUUUUUCAACUUUCUGAGAACUGUGUCAUUAAGAUCCAAUGAAAACAGAAUGGAUAGCAGUAAUCUGGCAGUGAUUUUUGCUCCCAACCUCUUGCACUCAAAUGAAAAUGAAAAGAUGUCAGCUAAUAUGGAAAAAAAAAUUCGCUUGCAAGCUGCUGUUGUGGAAACACUUAUUGACCAUGCAGCAGAAAUCGGACAAGUACCAGAAUUUAUCUUGGAAAAGAUUCCUGCAAUGUUGGGUGUCGAUGUCUUUCAAUCUACUCCCUCACUGUGGGGCCAGGAAGACAGUGAAAAUGAAUCUCCCAGUGAAUGUCAGAGGAGGAGGCACCGAAGUGUUGGGGAUAUUGUUAGUGGAGCAUUGAAUAAAUUUAAAUCUAACAGAACACCCUCCACUACACCUCAACAAGACAAAAGCGUCCUUUCGUCAGCGACUCCAGUGGUUCUUACUCCAAGUACCAAGCGUAAACUUCCAACUGAUUGCUCUCAGGGCUUGUCCAGCAAGAAGAGACGGUCUUUUAAGCAUAGUUUUGCCUUUGAGUUCUUACCAACUAGCAUUUUUAACAGCAACUCAACACCAGCAUCAGUUCACUUUGAAGCAAGUCCCUGUGUGUCUCUUGAGUCAUCACAAACGUCACUGUCUCCUUCAACCAUGGGUGAAAAUCAUCUGUCUAGUACAGGGAACAGAAGAAGUAAAAGACUUGCAAGCAAAAAAUUAUACAGGAUAAAAGUGGCUACCACUAUGAUAACUGCCUUGUUUUGCAACAUGAUAUUUCUGCUGGCAUUUGGAUUGGCUUCAGCGUUUAGCCACAGCCCUAGAAUGCCUGACAGGGUUACUGAAGCAGAUAUACAAAGGCUCCUCCAUGGGGUUAUGGAGCAAUUGGGCAUUGCCAGACCCCGGGUAGAAUAUCCAGCACACCAGGCUAUGAAUCUUGUUGGUCCACAGAACAUUGAAGGUGGUGCACAUGAGGGUCUCCAGCACUUGGGUCCUUAUGGCAAUAUCCCAAACAUUGUGGCUGAGCUGACAGGUGAUAAUGUACCAAAGGAUUUCAGUGAAGAUCAAGGCUAUCCUGACCCUCCAAAUCCCUGCCCUAUUGGAAAAACAGUUGAUGAUGGGUGUCUAGAAAACACCCCUGACACAGCAGAGUUCAGCAGGGAAUACCAGCUGCACCAACACCUUUUUGAUCCAGAACAUGAUUACCCCAACGUGGGCAAGUGGAGCAAGAAUUUACUCUUUGAAAAGAUCAGUGGUGGUCCAAAAAGAAGAAAGAGGAGUGUGAACCCCUAUCUGCAAGGACAGCGACUGGAUAAUGUUGUAGCAAAGAAGUCUGUUCCACAAUUUUCGGAUGAAGACAAAGGUCCUGAAUAAGUACAGUAAAAAUGAAAGAUAAAAACUCAUGCCAUCCCCUGCUAGAUAUUGCUUAUAUAUAAUCAUCUAUGAAAAUCCUUGUGAAUGGCAGCAUGCUUAUUAUUUAUACAACUAUAGAUAAAAAACAGCUGUAUUUAUAACAGUAUGUUCUAGAUAAGAAAAAUAUGGUUCUGCUUUUUGUUAAGUUACGGUAAAAGGACAUUUCAGUUGUUUUUAUUUUAGUCACGGAGCAAACUUUAAAAAUGUUAGUCAUUUUAAUAGCUAACGUGAGGUAAAUGGUCCUAAUGAGCAGCUUGUAAAUAGAAAGAUGAAAAAAUGCCCAAUCUGACUCCAGCAUUUAAUCUUAAAUGUUACUGUGUUUGACACAUGAAAAUUACAGUUUUAUGUUUUGUUCGCAAAUAUUGUUACUUAGCAAAGACAAAGUAUUUAUUUUACCAGAGAAUUUUGGCUUUUGGUCAUUUUAAUAAACAUUUAAGCAAUCUACAAGGUUUGCAAAGCGACAUUUCCAAAAUAUUUCAGAGGCUCAUUUGUCUCUGUUAUUGCUGUGCAAAUUUAAAAAUUAAAGAACUGCUUUUUGACUCUAUUCACUGGAAUAUUUUUCUGUUAGUUUUAAUCAUUCCUUAACUUUCCUGAACACUUGCACAUCUUUCUUCUUUAUCAAUGAAACUGUUAUGUGGAAUCUCCCCCACAGUUCUUUGUCUUAGUAACAGCGGAAUUUGUGCAUUAUAGUGUUCUUAAAUUAUGCUUCCAGGGGAUAUUAUAAAUGAAGAUGGAGACAUUUGUCUGUGUUAAUAAGGUUGUAUGAACAACCUCUGAAUCUAAAUCCAGGUUAUGAAGGUCGUUACAGUUGAUCUUCUGAAAAAUUGUGCUACUCUAAUAACACUGGUAGCUAUCAUUGCUCUUAAAGUUGUUCCAGGAAGCUUAAAUUGCCUUUUUCCCCUAGAAGAUUGAAGAACUUUGUAUUCCAGAGUUCUCCCUUUCUGAAAGAGGAGAAUAUAAAAUUACCUAAAAUUUUUUAUUUUUAGAAUACAUCUGAAUAUUUAAAGCCAUGUGCACGGAGCAUUGGAAUUAUGGAAAAGAGCCUUAAUUUACAGCUUUGAACUUGAAAUCUGUGGAAAAAGAAGUAGUUUCCUUUCCCAUCCUACAGAAAAACACAGUAAAAUAAUGAUGACCCCCUUGGAAAAAAACCAGAUAAGAAACUAAAGUUCCUAGCUACACAAGAUUAAAGUUAACAGGAUGGCACAUAUAUGACUGUCAAUAGCAUUUGCUUUUUUUGUCCCACCACUUGGUAAUAAAUUAUGUAUGUAGAGAGUUGGCCCUCUCAUGUCAUUUAUGGGUAGACUGUAAAACUGUGUGACAUUUUAGGAUGAGCUAUCAUGUCUUUCAUCAUAGAUCCUUUUUUAAAAAAAUCUGGAAGAGAAGACUAAAUAGUAUGUAAUGCAGUGGGGUUUAUACUCGCACAUGACACAAAAUUGAGGAAUUUCUAUGAAUCACAGAGCUGCCUCCUACUGGAGGAAUAGGAUGGGAGCAAUUCAUGUGACAGAACUUGAAAUCUCUGCUCCUUAAGCCUACUCUUUUUAUCUACACUCCUGCUUAGUCUUCACCCAGGUAUUGAGAGUUGCAAACUUGCAAAGGUUGUCUCCAAAACCAGCAAAAAGUAUAUAUAUGCUGUAUUUAUAUAUAAAUAUAUAUCUAUAUAUCUAUAUAGAUAUAUAUCUGUCCUUAGUAGCGCCACUAAAAUCCAUUUUAAUCACAAAAGUGAAGCAACCGUAAUGGCAAUUAAUUCCAUUUUUUAAGCUCUUAGUAAGGACCAGUACAUAGUAAAAGGAGGUAUGUACGGUAAAUAGGGGGCUUAAAAACAGAGGGGCAAAGAAGCAUUGUUUGCUUAAUAGUAUCAGUGAUCUCACAUCUAAUUUCUUGAAGUACUUUAGGCCACUACACCCUUUCUGGGGAUGAUGUGAUAAUCCAGAACAGCAGACUGGCCAGAACAGGAGUCUUUGGAUUCUGCCUGUGACCUGGGUGGGGCCAUAGGAGCUGUCCUCCUAUGUAUGAUAGGUCUGCACAGCACAGGCAAAGGAAAAAUAUCACAAUUCAGAGGUGAUUUUUGUCUUUAAAUGCAAACAAAAAACCCCCAAAAACCUUUAGAGUGCGCAAAACGAUGUGUCUUAUAGGAAUUGUGUGCUGGAAGAAGUCAAAUGCAUGGUGGUGAGCAGCUGUCUGCUGAGUCCAUCAGGCAGCUUGAGUGUUUCACCAAGAAGACUCAAUAGCACUAUUAUGAAAUUUUAAUAAAAUAUAGCUCUUACACCGUGAUAAUGAGAUUCAUUAUUCUAAUUUCAGUUUCAUACUAGAGCUGUCUUACUGUACUGGGAUUGGUAGUCCCAUGUUGAUUUAAAAAAAAAAAAAGAAAAAACAAGCAAAAAAACCCAAACCCUUGUCCCUUCUGCUUCUCCAACAAGAGUCCUAACAUGUAUAUGGAGUUUUUAUGAGGAAUCAUCUUUCAGAGUCACUGAGUAAAGAUACCAACGGUCCCUCUCACUAAGAGCUCACUUCACCAAACCAAUAGAUAAAAGAAUCUAAAUAGCUGCACAGCUCUUGCAGGUGUGAUUGCCCUUUUACAUUUACGAUGCAUGUGAAUUAAGAAGCAUGUCUUUUGAUACUGUUGUUUAGAAUUUUCAUUAAAUUAAAACCUUUUUAGAGUAUUUUAAAAUUCGCAACUGUGUUAAUUACCUCUGAUGUAUUUGAGACACAAUGUCCUUGAAAGAAGCUAUACAAAAUAAAGUGUAUUGCCAUGCAA